UUGUGUUGCACUCGUUGCAGUAGGAGGGUCCAUGUGCACAGAAUGACGUCGCUCUGACUGCAAGUCCGACCGACUCCUUCGUUUGUUUUUAUUACUCUUUUUUUGGGGGGGUCCAGGGCACAGAAUCGGUAAUCUGCAAAAUUACGGCCAUAAUGUGAGAUUAUCCGCCGCUGUCGUCCGACCCAUCGCUGCCGUUCGUCCUGUCAGGAGCAGCGACUCGCUGUUGGAGGAUUACUAGUGAUCAUACGCAGUAGACUUCUCCAGUGUGUCUAGCUGUCAAACUGAAUACAAUGCAUUGGAAAGAGUAGACAGGAGGGCGCAUUUGUUGAUAUUUAUUGACUUUGCUUUGCGAGUCUUCUAUUUCUUUUCUUCUUCUUCUUCUUUUUUUUAUUAAAAAAAAAUAUAUUAUUUGGUCAUCUGGAUUAUCGCUGCCCAGCAACACAGCCACCUGACAACUCUGAAUGUCGUAAUUAAGGUGAAUCAAUGAGCCAGCAAUGGAGACCAAAAGAUACCAAAGUUUCUUUGAUGGAAAUGACACAGAGAACAGAUGGUCUCAGGUCCCCGGCACCAUGGAGUACCGCUGCAGUACAGAGGACUCGAGUCUGACCGGCAGUGAUAUCCUGAUGGACAUAGUCAAUGUCAGCUGCCCUGCUGGAAGCCCGGCCACCGACUGCAAAGACAACAAUACAAAGAAGCAGGAGCAGCCAAUGCUUCGGCUCAGCCAGAAUCAGCCAUUUGUUCUCCCACACUUCAACCACUCUCUCCAUGGUCAUAAGCAGGAAAUGGACUCCAAGGAGCUUUCCAAGACUGUGGCUGAGUCCAUGGGCCUGUAUAUGAAUGCUGCCAGGGAUCCAGACUUUGCUUUUAGUCAGCAUGGAGGCAGUACCAGCCCGGGGAAGCUGUACCCAGCGUGUGGACGGCCCCUAGAGGAGAGCCAGUGUGGCACCACAAAGAGCCCCAAGUUAAAGCCAUUCGGUUUCCAGCAGCCUACCACGACCCCCAGCGAAUGCACCACGGGGACUCCGGUUAGUUCAGCUAUACUGGCGUCUUCUCUGUCCUGCAGUCCCCAGACCUCCAGCUCCAUUUCCAGCCCUGGAGGCAGUAACAAUAUGGUGUCAUCUACUACCAGUCCAACUACAUGCUUCGGACAAUUAUGCUCAUCUGUCAGCAGUCCGGUCAGCCAGAGUUCGUGUUCUGCAGCUCUAGCCAACAUCAAGCGCAGGAAUUCAGUCACAUGUAGCCCUGUAGAGUCUAGCACAGUGGGCACACCACCACUCACCAGCCCGCUCAAUGUCAUGAGGUCCCCCAUGUCAAGUCCUCAGAGUAUGAGUAGUGUGAGGUCCCCUCCGUCCUGCAGCACUACGUGUAACAUUAGGUCAUCUGUAUCGAGCCCCACAGGCGGCAGCUGCACCGGCGCCACCAACUGCAGCACAGUAAGGCCUUCCAUGUCCAGUCCGGCCACAGGGGGCAGCAUGGCUGUCAACAGCCCGCAGAACCCCUCCUCUGGUGGGUUUCCCGUGUCUAGUCCUGCUGGUGGAUUGGGUUUGGUGCAGAAUGACACCAACAGCCCAGAAGCAGCAGGACUGCCCAGAGACACUGACUUCAAGAACUUUGAGUUUCCUAAAGUAGAGAUGGUGGACGGGGAGGUUUUCAAUGUCGGCUUAGACCAGAUGGGCAUGGUCAAGUACAUUAAGAAUGAGCCUGGGACUGACUUCAGGAGCAUGUGUUUAGGCAGCUCCAAAUGUAAUGCCAGUAGCACACCCUUCAUCACACAGAUUAAGAGUGAGCCAAACAAAAGUGAGGGAUGUAUGAAUCAACAGCCCUACGGUGAGCAGUCACCAUCUCUUGGUCUCUUUCCUGCAUCCGAGACAACGUAUCUGUCCUUGAGGAAUAACAUUGAUGAAUACAGUCUGUCUGGUAUCUUAGGACCUCCUGUGUCCUCUAUGAAUGGGAACUAUGAACCCGAUGUGUUUUCCAACAAUGUCCUGUCUAAAGGGGUUAAGCAGGAGUCCACUGAUGGCAGCUAUUACCAAGAGAAUAACAGCAUGUCCACAUCCGCCAUUGUUGGAGUUAAUUCCGGCGGACACUCAUUCCAUUACCAGAUUGGAGCGCAAGGAACAAUGUCUUUCACGCGGCACGAUGUGAGAGACCAGUCCAACCCUUUGUUGAAUCUAAUUUCACCCGUUACGGCGUUAAUGGAGUCAUGGAAAUCUCGGCCCGGCAUGUCACAAGGGUCACUUUCGGCGAGAGGUGAAGGAUACUUGGGUCAGAACUGUAUUGGAGACAGCAUGACGAGCUCACCACUGAGACAACCGUCCUCAACUGCCAAAGUGUGCCUGGUGUGUGGAGACGAAGCAUCGGGCUGUCACUACGGCGUUGUGACAUGCGGAAGCUGCAAAGUGUUCUUCAAACGAGCUGUGGAAGGACAACACAACUACCUGUGUGCCGGGAGAAAUGACUGUAUCAUCGACAAGAUCCGUAGGAAAAACUGUCCAGCGUGCCGCGUACGGAAGUGUCUCCAGGCCGGGAUGAACCUAGGAGCGCGAAAGUCCAAGAAGCUCAAGCUGAAGGGGGUCAGCGACGACCUGCAGGCCUCCAAGGACGGCCAAACUGCCACAGGCGGUGUCGGAGGCGGUUACUUGUCCUCGGAGAAGGAGCUGAAUGCCAGCGCUGCCAAUGCCCUGGUGCCCCAUGGGCCCGGGGUGGUCACACCUUUUCUGUCGCCCUCCAUCUGCAGCGUGUUGGAGCUGAUUGAGCCCGAAGACGUGUACUCUGGCUAUGACAACACACAGCCUGACACCACUGACCACCUGCUGUCCAGUCUCAACCGCCUGGCUGGGAAGCAGAUGGUGCGCAUGGUGAAGUGGGCCAAAGUACUUCCAGGUUUCCGGGGGCUGCCCAUCGAGGACCAAAUCACUCUGAUCCAGUACUCAUGGAUGUGUCUGUCCUCCUUUUGCCUCAGCUGGCGAUCCUACAAACACACCAAUGGACAGAUGCUCUACUUUGCCCCUGACCUCAUCUUUAAUGAGGAACGCAUGCAACUGUCGGCCAUGUACGACCUGUGCCUGGGCAUGAGGCAGGUGAGCCAGGAGUUUGUACGAUUGCAGCUAACCUACGACGAGUUCCUCUCCAUGAAGGUCCUUCUGCUUCUCAGCACAGUUCCCAAAGAGGGUCUGAAGAACCAGGCGGCGUUUGAGGAGAUGAGGGUUAAUUACAUUAAGGAGCUCCGGCGUUCGGUGGGAAAGGCAACCAACAACUCCGGCCAAACCUGGCAGCGCUUCUUCCAGCUCACCAAGCUGCUGGAUGCCAUGCACGAUCUGGUGGGGAACUUGCUGGACUUCUGUUUCUACACCUUCCGCGAGUCCCAGGCCCUGAAGGUGGAGUUCCCCGAGAUGUUGGUGGAGAUCAUCAGUGACCAGAUACCAAAGGUGGAGUCGGGCCUCACUCACACAAUCUACUUCCACAAGAAGUGACUUCGCUACACGACCGGGACACAAGCAGCGUAAAGAGCCGGGAGGGAAAAAAAAAAUAAGUCAAAAAAAAAAAAGACGCGAAAGUAGUUCAGGGGAAGAGAGAACGUGCGCGAGGGAAGGCCCCGAGCCGACGGCCUGCGCCCCCGCCGCCCGGUACACCAGCGUCCUCGUCUCGGGUGGGGGAAGUGAAGCGGCGUGGCGGCGGAAGCUUAAAAAAAAAGGGGGGAGAAGGACUGCGCCCUGCAGUCGCCGCGAACGGUUCGUAGCUGUGAAUAGUGUGGGAAGACGAGCGCGACAUGCCAAGAAGGACUUGUGACAAAUGUGACAAAGUAUCCCGAAGUAACCCCCUCCUCCACCUCCUCCACCCCCUCCUCCUCCUCCCCACCACCACCACCACGACCACCACGUCCCCCCCUGCCCCAAAGACGAUAACAGUAUUUUCUAUGGAGACAAAGCCAUACAUUUCUUAGGAUGCGCUAGACUACAUUCACUACAUGCACACACGCUGGUGUAGAGGGGGAAGCGAUACACUUCACUGUCCACAUGCCUUCACGCAAAUGCACAGACGCACUCCACAUGCACUAAAAUGAGAUUCCCUUAGAAAUGUAGAGAAGGUGAAAAAGAAAAAAGAAAAAAAAAAAAGGUUUUUGCAAAUAUUAACUCUGGCUUAUGCAGUCUUUCUCAAAUAAAUAGCACUAUGAAAAAUUAUGCCGAUACAUAGAUUUGCUUUGCGGUGUAGCAACAAGACUACAGGGCAAAGGACAUUACGAGGAGGCACAGAAAUUCGAGAUUGUACGGCGACAGAGGUCUAUUCGGACAUAUUCCAAGGGCUAUUCAAGCAUCAUCAUAAGCUGAGUAAUUACAUUCAAUCUAAUCAAGUCCAAGUUGGAAGCUCAAUCGGUAUCACAACAGCCAUCACUGACAUUCAACAUGUUGUUGUUUUUUGUUUUUUUUCCUUUCUUUCUUAAGAAAAUGUGUAUUAAAACAAUCAAAACUAAUAUGCAAAAGUCCAAAGCUAGAGCUGUUUUGAAAUCUGUCUCUCUUGUGUAGAAGAAAGCUCACGCGUGAAGCUCCCAUGUCGUACGGUCACUACUACUACUCUAGAGGCAUCGUGGUGUAGAGAAUUUAAGACAAUAUUGAUGAGAGAUUUUACCUUUGUGCAAAAAAAAAAGAAAAAAAAAGAAAAGAAAAGAAAAAAAAUGAAAACGGUCAGGAGAGCUGCAGGACAGAAAAAAAAAACAUAAUGCAUUUACGGAAACGAUUUCAGCGGAGUCCGCUCGUAAUGGAUUUGACUGAGGUGCAUCCAUGGUAAUUGCUGUCAUUUGUGUUAUCUCCAGAGCAGCUGUCCAAAUGUCUGUUUUUACUCACAAUGAAGCAAAACCAGCCCUUUGUGAACCAACACUUAUCUACUCUUCCCAGAAAUAAUAAAGCAUUUUAUAAAAGCGUGUUGCAAAGGUUUAGUUUUUGACCAGCCAGUCAUUUGACAUUAAGGUGCUUUAUUUCUACAAAGCCAGGCGAAACAUAACAUGUACAGUAAACUCGUAGACGGUCCGCACAGUACGCCACGCGGACACAGACACACAUACUCUGUAAAGUUGAUAUUAUCCGAAACGGAGCGUUAACUAACGCGGCGCUUACAGCAAAACAGCUAAUGUAUCAAAACCCGGGGCCGAUGUGUACAGGUAUUAACAACUUCUUUAAAAACACACACACUAUUCAGCUGUUGUACAGAAGACCUUCUUUUGAGGUACAUGUUGGUGAAUGCUUGAUGAAGAACAGACUCUUGCGUUGGUAUGAUCACCUUUCCUUUGUUCUUUUUUUUGUUUUUUUUUUUUUUUUUUUUCCUUUACCUUUGGGCCAAGUACUACUAUCCUCAGCGUAGCAGGCCGAGUCAUCUGGACCAUUAACCCGCCUCACACCCCACUGGUUUCUGGGUUGUUGUGGAACACUACUACGAUGCUACUGAAAAGCGGGAGAAGAAAAACAGUAUGUGUGUGCGCGUGUGCAAGGGGGGCGGGCGGGCGGGGAGGAUUAUUAUUAUUAUUGUUAUUAUUAUUAUUAAUUUUUUUUGUGCCCUGUAAGUGUGUAUUUACAUGUACGUAUGGAGUGGCUUAAGUUUGUGUGUUGUUUUAUUUUUAUUUUUUAAAUUUGUUUUUUUUCCUGGCAAGCGUGUGCAUCGCUGAUCUGCUCCUUCAGCGUGGGUAUAUUGUGCGUUUAUGUCAUGGGAUUAGCCAUAUCCUAUUUCCACAUUUAGAUUUGCACAGAGGAGAUACAAUGUGAAAUGAGGCAUUAGUGCAGCUAGCAGGAAUUGUCUGUUUCGAUAAGCAACUGUGAUAACGCGGGGAAAGGAAAAGGAAAUACAUAAAUAAAUAAAUAAAUAAAUAAACAAACAAAUAAAAAAGACUUUCUGCAUGGUCACCCAGCCUAAAGUUAGACGACGGCGCGGCACCAUUAGCACGGCGGUUUGCGGUCGCGUAUUAGACCAUCGACGAAGGAGGGAGCCGUUUGAAGAUCAGCAUACAGUGACAUGGAGGUGUCGAGAUCGCAACCGUCAUUUGAGAUUGAACUGAAAUUAUUAGGCGGGACUUGGGGGUGUGUGUCAGGGUGGGGUGGGUUGGGGCUUUGUUUACUUUAGAUUUUCGCUGGAGGAUAGGUAGUCUGUGUUUUUUGGAAAAGCAGAACAGGAUGUUUCUAAUCACAAAAUUAUAUUUAUUUAAGCAAUUGUGGGACGAAACUGCUUUUAAAGGGCCUCGCUGUUUGAGCGGUUUCCAAAUUAAAAUUAACAGUCACAUCACCGUGUGUUCCCGCCACAACAACUUCCCGACAGUACACGAUCAGAAAGGCCUCGUCUUAAAAUCGCCCUUACACUAAUCUCUCACCUUUUCUUUGUUUUGCCCCUUUUAUUAUUUUUAAUUAUUAUAUUUUUCUCAUUCUUUUUCAGGAAUAAUCAAACUGUCUAAAGGUUCAUAGGAUGAAUGGGAAAGUAUUUUUGAGAGAAUUAUAUUUUGCUGGAAAACGAUAUUUAAGUACUUUGUCUAAAAAUGAUAUCCUUUUUGUAAAAUGAAAUGUUAUUGCAUGCUUUUUGAUGAGAUGUUUACAUUGUAUUUAAAAAAAAGGGAAACUUGUGCCUUUUUAUCUCACCUGAUUUACAAUUUUACAGUAUAUAUUGUAAAUACAGCAAGUCCUUAUGUUGAGUAUAGUAUAAAAAAAAAACAUUUCUACUUUAACCAUCUUGUUGGAAUAUUUGGAGAAAAAGAAAAAAAAAAUCUAUGUGUUUCCCACUCGCCAUGUUCUGUGUGUUGGAUCACAGAGACGAAUUCACAGUUAAGGGUUGGCACCACCGAGGGCCAAAAAAGGAGAAAUGAAUGUAUCAUAAAUUGUGAGAGACUUAUGGAACUUACUACCUGAAUGUUAGAGAAAGAGAGAGUACAUUUAUUGUCUUCUCAUUAUGUAAAACUAUUUGACUUUGCAUCUUUUGUUUUCUUUUUACGCCAUUAUUCUCACGUCUCGAAGACGGAGGGGGGAGGAAAUAGGAAAAGAAAUCAAAAAAGUAUAUAUUUCGUGAAGACGCAUGAUACGUGAUGGAUCUUUGUUGCUGUUGAAAUCGUCGAUGAGCGCCACGAUAAAAACCGAGAACUAUCGCAACCGUCGUGGGACGCGCCAACUUUGCGCGCGAAAAGAAGCGAAAGGCGCCGUAGCGAGCGGCACGUCUGGCCAGUUUGAGCCGUGGGACGUCUUCUGCCGGUCACGGACGGGGACAUGUUGCAGUAACUGCCAAAAUCAGGCUCAACCACAAACAAAUAAUUUGACCCAAAGAAUGACAAGACGAAAAAUUCUUGACCCAUGAAUCUUUCACAGACACAAGCUCCGCCUUUUUUGGCUUCUUUUGUUUGCUGUUUUUUUUUUAAGGUAUAGUUUGACAUUUUGGGAAAUUCUCUUAUUUGGUUACGACUGGCUGAGAGUUGCGUGAGAAGAUCGAUUCCACUCUGGUGUCUGCAGGGUAAUAAAAACAAAAAUGAUAAAAUAAAAAAUGAGGAAGGCUUUCUUAGCUUCGUAUAAGGACUAGGAAGACGCGCAAAGUCUGAUAAAUUGCAUCAGUAUCACUCGAGGCAGCGUCGGCCGGGGGGCUUGUCUAGAGACUAGCAUCAGUGGUUGAGUUGCAUUGUGGGUUAUGUAAAGCUGAGAGAUCUGAGCGCGGUAUCGACCUUUCUCAUUUGACUCUCGCUAAAAAAAAAAACUAAAAAAAACCCAAAAACAAAUGAGCCCAUUUCCCAAAAUGCCAAAACCAUCUUUCAGAGGAGUGAGAUUAAUGCACUGGUUGUUAAAUGGUCAUCAAUCACCAACCAACUGCAAACGAUAAAAUAAUAGUAAUAAUAAUAACAAGAAAUAAAAAAAUCCAUCCCCGAACUCGUAGGGAGUUAUCUUCAGAGCUGUCUGCGUCUAAAUUAACUCUCGUUUCCGGCGCGGAUGACUCAGAAUCGGUCCGACUGCCGUUUCACAGUACACUUAUCGCGUCGCCGUGCGUGGGGUCACAUCGUUGCCAUUUUCUGUUCACAGCAGUGAAUCGGGUGUAGAGAGACUAAGCCAUAUCUCCACAGCCAUGGCAGUGCAUUUCUUAUUGAUAUAUACAAAUGCUUUUCUUUUUUUUUUUCUUUUUUUUCCAGUUCCAAAAAUGACUUUUUACUCAGAUGCUUUGUACAAAAUUUCUCAGCAACUAUCCAGCACACACACAUACACAGUAGACAUCCUUCACCGUAAACCAAUAAACCAUCUCUGAAACCAGUUACUACUGUAUAUCUUGAUGCAGAUAUUGCCAUACUUGUGUUUGCAAACUAUUGCAAGAUUCUAAUAAAACCGUUAAACUGAU